AUGUCGAAAGAAUACGAAUCAGAACGUCUUAUCAGUCACCCUGAAGGGUCUUCUUUGCCCAAUGAAAUGCCUGUGGAUACGACUGAGCAUCAAACAAGGCAACGAAACAUUGUUCUAAUCGCCAUUCUUAUACUCUCAAUUGUCAUCAACAUUUUGCAAGUGACUGUUAGAGCUUCUAUACCUUGGCACGCCUCACAUGCAAAACAGUCCGACUAUCGUUCUCAAUAUGGUAAUUCAUUCCGAAAUAUUAAGCCUUUAUCACGCUGCUAACACAUCUCUCUCAAAGCUGGGCUGAGAAAUAACGAAGUCUCUGUUGAAUGGGUUCAAAAUUCAGUCUACACGAGUCCUAACGUCACGGAAAGGGAUCUUAUUGGGAUGCCAUCAACCAUGAUAGUGGCAUUGUCGCUGUUACUAAAUUAUGGGCCUUGAAACAGGGCCUACCGUUGGGAUCUAGGUUUCCUUGGGACACUAAUAAGACCAUUUACCUCGUUAAUGCCUACCAUGCCUUGCACUGUGUGGUGAGUGUCUUCAGAGUCCCUGAUUAGCCAUUUAGAUGUAAUGAGGUAACUAACGUUAUUCCAGAAAAACAUCUAUAAAUCAUUCAUGGAAUAUAGAAUGGGCAUUGAGCAGUCUCUUUCUCACCAUCACAUAAUUCAUUGUCUUGACUAG